AUGUUUAAAACGUUUUCUUCGAAACAAAGCGCGAAAUUGCGACAAAUUCUGGACAAAAAUGAGACCAAAGUCGCGAGAGUGGAAUCGCCGGACACCAGGAGUCGAUCGCUGGCCACGCGAUCACGUGAUCGUCUCCUCUAUUCGCGCUUUCGGGCGAUAAACGAGUUUUUGUAUUCGCAUUCAACGCAAGAAUCGCGAGCUUUUCUCUCGAAACCAUUGUUCGCCACUUAUCACCAAAUCUAUCGACAAAUCGCAGAGAAAUGGCCGCAAAAACCCGUUCAUCACGUGAUCCGCCGUCUGGAGACGCUUCCCGCCGACCACGUGAUCGCAGACAUCGGUUGCGGAGAGCGCGCGCUCAUUGGCCAACACUUCCCCGAACGCAUUGUCCACUCCUUCGACUUGGUCUCCGCCGACAGUCACGUGACGCGCGCAGACAUGGCGUCUCUGCCGCUGCCCUCCGCCUCGUGUGACGUCACAGUGUUCUGUCUGUCGCUAAUGGCGACGAAUCUCAAACACUGUCUGAAGGAAGCGAAUCGAGUGAUGAGAGCCGGAGCGCGACUCCUCAUUGUUGAGGUGACGUCACGGUUCGAGGAGACGUCUGUCGCGGCGUUCGCGCGCGCAAUGCGCUCUUUCGGGUUCCGGUUGCGCGCGCAACGCCACCUCUCGGACGACCAGUACUUCGUGUUCCUCGAGUUCGAGAAGAGCGGCGAUUGUUGCGAAACUCCGCCCGACGUCAGCCUCAAGGCGUGUCUCUACAAGAAGCGGUGA